AUGGCGGUUCCCCUAGCACUUGUUGUUACAGCAUCAGCUAUCGGCGAGGGAUUUGCACGCGAGGUUGUGAGAGUGUUGCAAGAUGCUCUAGCUCGCAAUGAGGGGGACAACGGGCAUACCCUCAAGCUUACUAAGAUUACCAAGACUCUUGAUAUGCUCAGAGUCGAGGACGAGGGGUUGAGGGUUUCUUUGGUGACCUUCCAAUUGAAAGGAGAUGCAAAAUAUUGGUGGAAGUAUGUGAAGGGUACUGUAGGUGCCACGUGGGUUACGUUUACCGAGGCCAUGUCGGCCAAGUAUUUUCCUCCUUCUACUCUGGAAGGGUUGAGGGAACAGUUUGUUGAGUUGCCCCAGGGUACUACUCCUUUGGCCCAGUUUGAGAUGAGGUUCACUAGUUUGUCACGGUUUGCUCCAGAGUUGGUGGCAACAAAGGAGCGUCGUUGUUACGAGUUUGAGAGGCGAUUAAGUGAUGAUAUUCGGGAGAAGGUGAUUGGAUCUAUGUAG